ACUUGGAGUCUGUCCUUACACACAAGUGCCAUAUUCCCCUGCUUACAAUGGAUAGACAAGUGGUAUAUGCUGACUUAAACUUAUCCAGGGGUUCUUGCUUUGCAAGUUCAUCACCCCCAUCACUUCCUCAAGAUGUCUGUCAAGGUUCAUCUUGGCAUCAAUUUGCUCUGAAACUUGGUUGUAUUGCGAUUAUUCUUCUUACUUUGACUGUGAUUGGAUUGAGUGUUUCAGUGACUUUCUUAAGACGAAACUCAUUAAUAGAAGAAAGCCGAGUGGAUGUUCAAGAGAACAGGAAUGAAACAACAGAGAAACUAGAUCUGUUAAAGUGCCCAGAAGAUUGGCAUAUACUCCCAGAAAAAUGCUUGUUUCUUUCUCGUGCUUCCAACACUUGGAAAGAUAGUCUGACUGACUGUUCCACAAAAGAAUCCAGUUUGCUGCUUAUUCGAGAUCAGGAAGAAUUGAAACUCAUACGAAUGCGGAUAAAUGAAAAGGGAAUGCUAUUUUGGAUUGGACUAAAUUUAACAUUAUCAGAGAAGAAAUGGAAAUGGAUAAAUGGUUCAUUUUUAAAUUCAAAUGUAUUACAAAUUACUGGUUAUACUCAAGAAAAGAGCUGUGUUUCCAUCUCACCAACAGGAAUUAUUUCUGAGGACUGUGACACAGAAAAUCGAUGGAUCUGCCAAAAAGAAUUAAAACCUGUCAGAAAUAAAGCUGGUUCCACUGCUCUCCUGGCUGACAUUGCACGAGUACCAAGACAGAACAAUGAAAGGAAGUCCCUGACUCGUUUUAAUACAAUGAGCUAAGCUGAGUAAUGGCAAAGUACAGUCUAUUCAUGCUGCUGUAGAUUGACCUUGAGGCUGGACCAGGGAGAUUCCUUCCGUUUAUUUUCUAUGCCAUGUGCUUGGAUUUGAAAUCCAUUUGCUUCUGUUUUACUUCCUGUCCGCUCAUUCCACAGCAGGCUUUGAUAGGCGCAGUGCGUGAUAAAAAGUAGUUCUCGUGGUAUCAUAUAAGACUGAUGAAUCACAGGCCUGUACU